AACAAUGAUGUUGAAACGAUCAAAUGCCAUAUGUAAUACGACUGUCCCCAGUUUCCGGGCAUAGGCCACUGUCAAAGCAAGUAUAUCAACAAUACCAUACUGCGUACAAUACAGUAUCUUCACAAAAACGUGAGUAGAAGAGAACAUUUGAUUGUGUGAAGCUUAAGCCAUAGAAAACUACUUUAUAUACGAACUACUGGAGCGAAGAGUUUUACCAACCGGUUUUAACUUACGGUAAAAUAACUCAGCGGUUUUUAGUUAUGCUAUCAUCCCCAGAAGCAUAAAUCAUCCGCUAAUGCUGUCCAAUAAAUUCAAUAAAAGCACCAAACUGCAGUACUCGUAAGCUUACAUAACAUGUACUGGUGGUAAUAAACUGCAUUUUAAAAGUCUACACUUAUUUACAGUUGUUUGCUCUACAGUUGUCAUUGCACAGCAGGUGAGGUAGCGUCGAUACAAGUGAAUAAAAGUGUUCUCUGGAGUAUAGAAAUUUACCAGUUUUGGUUUCUUCUUCUUAACAUUACAAUAUUUCGCCGGUUGCAGUAAAGAAAAUCUCUGUCUAUCAGAUCUGCUUAAUAGCGGUUUAGCAAAGAUGAUGCAAACAUUUUUGGGCAAAGCGUUAUCAGAAUUCUACAGUUUUCCAGCUCUGAUAUCCUUGAUUGCUGUACUGCUAAUGUUUUGGUUCGUUCUGGUUGGUCGGCCAAUGUUCGCUCCCCCCGGGCCGCUAGGAGUCCCAAUUUUUGGUUAUGCACCAUUUGUGGGGAAGUAUCCAUGGAUCGCUUUAACAAAACUGAAAGAAGCUUAUGGCCAGAUUGUCGGCUUAUAUCUCGGGUCGAGAUUUGCUGUGGUCUUGGAAGACUACGAUACAGUACACACGGCAUUUGUUGAUCAGGGCGAUGUAUUCGCCGGUAGAGGAGAAAAUUUUGUCCUUGAAAAGAUGGCAACCGGCAAGGACGGUCGCGGAAUACAUGGAAUUACCGCAAUGGAAGGUCCAAAAUGGAAAGACACCCGUGAAUUUAUUGUGACCACAUUGCACGAACUGGGCGCCGGUCAAGGCAAACAGAAAAUGGAGAAGAUCGUCCUGGAUGAAGUUGACCGCUUAUCGCGCACCAUUGCAGCGCACAAUGCAUGGGCGUUCAAUCCACGGACGCUUCUCCGCCCAGCCAUGGCCAGCAUUAUGGCGAUGGUGCUGUUUAGCCGGCGUUUUCAGUAUGAAGGCGAUGAAUUUCGUUGUCUUAUGGAACAUAUGCCCGACGCCAUCGGUGCAAUGGGAAGCGUGACCAUUAAUGCAUUCCACUGGUUGCGGUAUAUUCCGGGAUGUUUUAAAAGACACUGGAACGGCAUGAUACGCACUGUCGACAAUUUGCGGGCAUUUGUCGAAAACGAAAUGACCAAUCGAGAGAAGGAGAUGGAGUUUACCUUGAUUGAAAAUAGCACUAACAAGGCUGAACCAAAAGAUUUUCUGGAUGCGUACUUCCGGCACAUCAAUAGUGAAGGAGCCAAACAAUCUCUUGCUAUGACCGAUGGAAAUGAUUUCGUUGCUUCCGCUUCCACAAUGUUUAUUGGAGGCACGGAAUCCACUACGCUGGGUCUACAAUGGCUGAUAUUGCUGAUGUGCCGCAAUCCAGUGCACCAGCAAAAAAUUCAGGAAGAAAUGAACAGAGUUAUUGGCCACAAACGCUUUGUUGGUUGGGAUGACAGAGCUGCUGGGUUGAUGGUAGAUGAUUUGCCGUUGACUACUGCAACGUUUCUGGAGUGUUUAAGACUGAGCGGACUAAGUGCCGGGAAUAUCCCGCGUCGCAACUUGGAAGCAACGGAACUUUUGGGUUAUAAAAUUCCGAAACAUUCGUUAAUUUUUGCAAAUAUUUGGUCGAUACACAACGAUCCUCAGUAUUUUCCUGAUCCACUGGCUUUUAAGCCCGAUCGAUUCCUUGACGGCGAAGGCAAUGUUAACAUCCCAGACCAAUUUAUGCCCUUCUCAAUCGGCCAGAGAUCGUGCCCAGGUCAAGCGUUGGCUCAGAUGGCUUUAUUCCUGACCUUUGCUAAUCUUGUUCACCGAUUCGAAUGGAAGGAGCCCAAAGGCGCUACGUUACCGCGUAUAAACGAAUUUGGCCCGGCUUCUUUGGCGGCUACUCCUGCACCGUACAAAGUUCAUGCCGUUCCUCGCUUUACCUUUCUAUGAGCUUUCUCACUUUACCAGAAUAAAAUCUACAGUAUUCAAUCUGAAAAUUUUGCUGUUACAUUUAAACUAAUAGUACAGAUACAACGUCCACGGCAAUACUGUAGCGACCUGAAACACAUCAAAUCUGCAAUGGUUUAUUUUCUUUAUUCGCUAAAUCUUGACACAAGAUAAGCUAAGCAGAUUUAUUAUUUAUAUACUUUUUACCUACUUUUUUAUAUAGUUUUUACCCGAUUGCGCCAAAAACAUGUACUUUUUGAUCAAGCAGCCUUGAACCUGAAAAUUGCUCUUCCAAUUAGAAAAGUCAUAUACUUUGACACUUUCAUUUUGUUCAUGGAGUAAAUUGUGCUACUUAGACGACUCAUGCA